CAAAACAAGACCAUUCAUGAAAAGCCACAUAAGAAGUUGAUGCAGAAGCAAAUAAUAAUUAAAAAAUAAAAGAAAAAGCUCUUCAAGUUUUGGUUUCUGCAGUCUCCAAUGGCUCUCAAGCUCUUUCUCUUUGCUCUUCUUCUCUGUCUCCCGGCUUCUCUCUCCUCCACUGCUUCUAAAGGUAAAGAGAAGUUUAAUCCAUACAGAUACACAUUCAUCGAUAAAGCAAGCACAUUCUCAUCGUCUUCGUCAUCAUCCUUCUCAUCCAACGGUCAAGAUUCGUCUUACGACUACAUAGUCAUCGGCGGCGGAACCGCAGGCUGUCCUCUCGCCGCAACGCUGUCGCAGAAUUUUAACGUUCUUGUUUUGGAAAGAGGUGGCGUUCCGUUUACAAACGCGAACGUUUCUUUCCUCAGGAACUUCCACAUCGGACUUGCUGACACGUCAGCUACCUCCGCGUCACAGGCGUUUGUUUCCACUGACGGCGUUUACAACGCUCGCGCUAGAGUUCUCGGCGGUGGUUCUUGUAUUAACGCCGGUUUUUACUCCAGAGCCGAUGAUGCGUUUGUGAAGCGAGCAGGAUGGGAUCCGAAGCUAGUGAAGGAGUCGUAUCCGUGGGUGGAGAGAGAGAUCGUUCAUCAGCCCAAGUUAACUUUAUGGCAGAAAGCUCUAAGAGACAGUCUUUUAGAGGUCGGAGUCAGACCUUUCAAUGGCUUCACUUACGAUCACGUCUCCGGAACCAAAAUCGGCGGUACAAUUUUCGACAGAUUUGGCCGACGUCAUACCUCUGCGGAGCUUCUCGCUUACGCUAACCCUCAGAAGCUUAGAGUCUUGAUCUAUGCUACUGUGCAAAAAAUCGUCUUUGACACUUCCGGAACAAGGCCUAGAGUAACAGGAGUGAUAUUCAAAGACGAAAAUGGUAAUCAACACCAGGCUCUUCUUUCGAAUAGAAAGGGAAGUGAAGUGAUCUUAUCUAGUGGAGCCAUGGGGUCACCACAGAUGCUCAUGUUAAGUGGGAUUGGUCCUAAGAAGGAGCUUCAGAGGCUGAAGAUUCCUGUGGUUCUAGAGAAUGAGCAUGUAGGUAAAGGAAUGGCUGAUAAUCCCAUGAACACGAUCUUGGUGCCUUCAAAGGCGCCUAUAGAGCAGUCUCUUAUACAGACUGUUGGAAUUACAAAGUUGGGUGUGUAUAUUGAAGCUAGCACUGGCUUUGGGCAAUCCUCUCAGAGUAUUCAUACUCACUAUGGGAUUAUGUCGGGCAAGAAUGAAUUGUUUUCUACCAUUCCUACAAAGCAGAGGAAACCAGAAGCAACGCAAGCUUACACUAGAAGAAACAAAUACCAACUUCAAGAAUCGUUCAAUGGAAGUUUCAUCUUGGAGAAACUAGCUUACCCACUCUCUAGAGGGCAUUUGAGCUUGGUCAACACGAAUGUAGAUGACAACCCUUCAGUCACCUUCAAUUACUUCAAACACCCGGUGGAUCUCCAACGCUGUGUUGAAGCCAUUCGUCUGGUUUCCAAAGUAGUGACGUCUAAGCGCUACCUAAACUACACACAGUGCGAGAAGGAAAACGUACACAAGAUGCUUAGCUUAAGCGUCAAGGCAAACAUCAAUCUAAGGCCAAAGCAACUAAAUGAUACCGAAUCAAUGGCUCAGUUCUGCAAAGACACAGUUGUCACAAUCUGGCAUUACCAUGGUGGAUGUCUUGUGGGUAAAGUUGUGAGCCCUAACCGCAAAGUUCUUGGUGUCGACAGGCUCAGAGUUGUUGAUGGUUCCACGUUUGACGAGUCUCCAGGAACCAACCCUCAAGCUACGCUUAUGAUGAUGGGAAGAUACAUGGGAGUCAAGAUACUUCGGAAGAGACUUGGAAACAAUGCUGGUGUUUAGUUUGCGGAUUCAGCUUUUUAUCGUAGACAAUCUUCGUACCAGAUAACUCUGUUGUGGAAUUUGUGUUGGAGAAUAUCUCUCUCUGUCUCUUCCUCUGGCUAUUUUGAUAUUCGAUUCAUUGAAGUAUAGGAUCAUAUUGUCUAAUGAACUGUGUGUGUAACCCUAUUUUGCAAUCGGUCUUGUUGCUUGUGUGAAAUGUCUUUUGGUUUUUUUAAAGGCUUGCGUGAAAUGUUGAUCA